UCUCUCUCCUCCCCCUCCCUCCUCCUACUCUCUGAGACUCGAGCCUCAUCUUCCCCCUCUUACUUCCUUCACGAGUUCUCCUCCCGAAACCUGCGCGAGGCGACCCCCCUGUGCCCUGCUCUCCAGUCAACAUGGCUGCAGUGGGAACCUCCACCAGAUUCACAGACGAGUAUCAGCUGUUCGAGGAGCUGGGCAAGGGUGCCUUCUCUAUUGUCCGCCGAUGCGUCAAGAAGUCCACCGGCCAAGAGUAUGCUGCAAAAAUUAUCAACACAAAAAAGCUCUCAGCAAGAGAUCACCAGGAAACUGGACCGAGAGGCGAGAAUCUGUCGUCUUGCUGAAACAUCCAAACAUAGUACGACUCCAUGACAGCAUCUCAGAGGAAGGCUUCCAUUACCUUGUCUUUGACCUCGUCACUGGAGGAGAGCUGUUUGAGGACAUUGUUGCUAGAGAGUAUUACAGCGAGGCAGAUGCCAGCCACUGCAUCAAUCAGAUCCUGGAGAGCGUCAGUCACAUCCACCAGCAUGACAUUGUGCACAGGGACCUCAAGCCAGAGAACCUGCUCCUGGCCAGUAAGAUGAAGGGGGCAGCGGUGAAGCUUGCAGACUUCGGUCUUGCCAUCGAGGUGCAGGGGGACCAACAGGCAUGGUUUGGUUUUGCAGGAACUCCAGGGUAUCUGUCCCCAGAAGUGUUGAGAAAGGACCCGUACGGCAAGCCAGUGGACAUAUGGGCAUGUGGUGUGAUCCUGUACAUCUUGCUUGUGGGCUACCCUCCCUUCUGGGACGAGGACCAACACAAACUGUACCAACAAAUCAAGGCUGGUGCAUAUGACUUUCCCUCUCCAGAGUGGGACACAGUGACCCCCGAGGCCAAGAAUCUGAUCAAUCAGAUGUUAACAAUUAACCCCGCCAAAAGGAUCACUGCCGACCAGGCCAUCAAGCAUCCCUGGGUCUGCCAACGCUCCACUGUGGCCUCCAUGAUGCACCGCCAAGAGACUGUUGAGUGUCUGCGCAAGUUCAACGCCAGGAGGAAACUUAAAGGAGCUAUCCUCACAACAAUGCUGGUGUCCAGGAACUUUUCAGUGGGACGGCAGCAUACCAGCCCUGCCGCUACCACCAGCACAGCCGCAAUGGCACAGGAAGCAUGCAAAACCUUACUAAACAAAAAGUCGGAUGGUGUGAAGAAAAGGAAGUCCAGCUCGAGUGUUUGUUUGAUGUCGCAGGGGACCAACAGUAAAAACAGUGUAGUCAGCAGCAGCAGCACCAAAGACAGCAGCAUGUCAUCUUCAGCACCAAUGGAAUCCCAGACAUCUGUUGUACACAACCCAGCUGACGGCACCAAGGGCUCCACAGAGAGCUGUAAUAACACAGAAGAGGAGGAGACUAAAGGUAGGAAAGCUCGUAAACAAGAGAUAAUAAAGAUGACAGAGCAGUUGAUUGAAGCCAUCAACAAUGGGGAUUUCGAGGCUUACACGAGAAUCUGUGACCCUGGACUGACUUCAUUUGAGCCAGAGGCUCUGGGAAACCUGGUGGAGGGCAUGGACUUCCACAAGUUCUACUUUGAGAACCUGCUGAGUAAAAACAGCAAGCCAGUGCACACCACCAUCCUCAACCCCCACGUCCAUCUGAUCGGUGAGGACGCCGCGUGCAUCGCUUACAUCCGCCUGACGCAGUACAUGGACGGCCAGGGCCGGCCACGCUCCUGCCAGUCAGAGGAGACGCGUGUGUGGCAUCGCCGCGAUGCCAAAUGGCUCAACGUGCACUUCCACUGCUCAGGAGCACCGGCUGCACCCCUGCAGUGAACUGACAGCCCAGGCCCCGCUUUGCCUGAACUCUAAAGCUGUUUGGAGCAUUUAUUCUCCGUGGUCGGAUUGGUGCUCGGAUCCUGGCCGGGAAGAUGCGGCUUGGAAAGCUGUAAAAACACAAAAGUGGGGAAAUACAUUAAAAAUAAUAAGAAAAAUAAAAUAAAAAAAGCAAAUUUCAAAAGCUUGACUGAAUGAUCGACCACACCGACCAACACCAAUCCAGUCCAACCCUAGCUAGGUGAUGUUGGGGCCCGGCUCACGUCAGCCCCCUCUUGCAGAUGGUGCAUGCUUCUGGUGGCAACACAGGGGUGAUGCUGUCCUGGUCCUAGUCUCCCAUGGCCUUUAUUUAUCCGUCUUUGUUUUGUCUGCUAUGUGGAAAAGUAUUAAACCUGUUAACCUGUUAUAUAUAUAACAUCAGAAAAACAAGUACACUUCACACACAUAGUGAAUAGAACUGGGGCAUCAAGUAUAAUAUCUUGAACAAUGUGAUUUCUUUUUUGUCUUGUCUUGAGAGAGCAGCAGAAGAUCUACUUUAAUAGAAGUAUUGUUUGUUUUACAGUUCACAGCUAUGUAUGGGUUGGGUUUAUGGGAACGGGAGCUAUUAAUAUCUAUUUAUUUUGUGUAAUUUGUAUUAUGUGUUUUUAAGCUGUUUUUACCUGAAUGAUGUAUUUUAAAGUAUUUUGUGUUGAAAAAUGACUAUUUUUAAUCAGAGAGGGGGAAUUCUAUUUAAUAGAAUUGUGUAUGAUUAGAUAAUUAUAUAGGAGAAAAGGGGAACCGGGAUUUACUCUUUGGGUUUAGGGAGGGGAGUUAAGCAUGAGUGUUUGUUUUUUUUGCUUUGAGAUCCCGAGGUGUUAAUACAAAACACAAAUACUCACACACCAUGCAUGCACACACACACACACACACACACACACACACACACACACACUUAGUUUGGAGCCAGGCCAGCUCAUCCUGAAGUUGCAGAAGGCUGCCGUGCCCUGUAGUUUUUAGAGUCGAACACUGAGAGGCGCCAACGGUCAAAGUCUAAAGCUCCUCACAUCUCUGAACUACCUAAUCUGAAAGCACGGACGCACUCUCACGCCAAAGUUUUACUUUUCUUUAUCUGUUUUAUUGUUGACGUGAAGUGCGGAACAAUUGAACUAUCUAAUGGCUUGUACUGUUUUUGCACACAACUCGAUGCUGUUGUGUUCGCUCUUCUGAGGGAGUGAACCUUUCUGCAACUUCAGGUUAUGCCCACCAAAAUCCGUCCUGUCCACCCUACCUCUGCCCCUCUACUUCCAUUAUUCCUGCCUCUUUUAGGCUCCACAUCCUUUGCUAAAAGCCACAUUACUGUCCGCACCACGCCGUGUGAUGAUGAUGAUGUCACCCUUUACCUGUCUAUUGUUCUGACUGUGUUCUUAAAAUGUGUGUGUUGUCCGUCUUGGCUUGCUGUACUUCUGUGUGAAGUCCAGGAACUGUAAAAAAUAGCAUGUUAAAAAGGGAAUGCAGCUGAAGGAUUGGACAAAAAAAAAAGGGCAUGAUGGGAAGAGGGCUAUGCCGGCUGGAGGGCUGUGGGACCUUCGCUGAUGGCAAUCAAUGGAUUUUGUCACAGUUUCUGUUGUUAAUGUUGUGGCUGUAAGUGGUUUGAUGUUGAUAUUUUUCUCUUUUGUUUUAGCCAGAAAUGUAAAAAAUGAGGGGUUGAAAUGAAUGGAGGGAGAGACUGCCACAACCGUUUUUUUACAGUCUCUGUUUCCCCCUCACACACUGAUCAAUACACACACACUGAAUGCUGAAACUUGAGACAAGGGGACAAACAUAUCUGUGUGUCAGUGGUUUAAACUUUGCAGCACUGUUUUUUCACUGUGUCGUAGAAACUUUGUGAAUGUGUGACUUUGUACCAGCGGAGGGGUGUCCCGUCUCUGUGCUACGCUGCUCCAUAGGAACUCACGCUCUACGCAGGCUGCGGCUGGCGGUCACGCUGAUGCUCCAGAUCAUCAUGUCUAUGUAGGUACACUGACACUCGAGCAGAUUAAAAAAAAAGAAUAGUGAAUCAUCUGUGCGUUUUUCUGAAUGCUGUGCCCCCAUUACCCCCCCGCCCACACACACACACACACGUUUUGCACCAUGACAACGAUGCAUUGUAAAACCAUUACUGAAACCAUGGGAUGUUUUUUAUGGCUCUAAGUAGAUCUGUUUGUGCUGUGGGCGCUGGCCCAGUUGUGUGUUGAUGCCACCGAUCUGACCAGAUGCUUUCCUUUCAUUGUGUAUUUCCACACAGUCACAGGGAUGGAAAAUAAGAUGCAGUUUUAAACUUUACAUGUUAUCUAAAAGCUGCAGUUUGCCAAAGUAUUUGGACAGCUCAAAACUGCACCACUUGAAAUUUCAAAAUGGUCAAUUCAUACCACAUAAAUUCAAUAGUCCAAUGCUAUAAAUUCAGUGUUAUUUAAGUCUAAUAUUGAUGUUCAGCAGUAAUUCUAUGUCACAAUUAGGUGUUUUUGUCUUAUUUUUGCUUAUAUUCCAUGGCCCGUCCACGGACGGGCCAUGGACGGGCCUUAGGGAUCUUAAGUGUCAUUAAGAUCCAUUGUAAUGUAAUAGAUUCCAUCUUAACAUGACAGGGUAUCGACUUCAGAGUCUCACUGAUGUAAAUAGGAUACGUGACCAAAUAUAAGCUUACCUUUACACACAGUAAACUUUGGGCUGAUCACUGCUGCGACCUACAACAGAAAGAUGAUUGACAGGAUGUCAGCUGACCUGCUGUCUGUUGUUUUGCUUCAUAUACAUUUUUGUAAACUCUAUAGUUUUGGCAGAUGUCCACUAUAUGUGAGAUUAAAACAGAACCUGACUGAGCUGAGGGGAUGAAAACAUCCUUGAAGGAGGAACAUUAAAAACCACAAUCUUAAACAGCGACACUAUACUGUAUAUCCAGUUCUACAAACGGAAGAAAUAUGCAUGUCUACUUUCUGGUCAUUUUUCACUGUUAAUAAACAAAUGGAAAUCUGUGUUACUUGCAUCCUCAAGGUUAUGAAACGGCGCCGUCUGAGAUAUCGGAAUCAACUGAUGUUAUCUCACAUUAAAAUGCAUAAAUGAUUAGCAGAAGCCUUAGCCUGUAUGUAAGUCAGUUUAUUGCAUUGUAACCUUAUACUAAAGGGGCUACAUGUGUCUAUACUAUUUGAGUUUCAAUUGGAUGCUGGAUUUUUUGCAUGACCAUGUUAAUAAAUAUACAUUAAAAACGA